ACGUCCAGUGGGUGGGCUCUCUCUGACAGGAGGAAGAAGGCUCGUGACGGGCAGCCGGGGAUCCAACCUUCAAAAAAGCCGGCUGUUCUUUUUAGCUACUUCCCAUUAGAAACCCGGGGGAGAUCCAUGGCGACCAAAGCGAUGAAUCUCUGCAAUGUGUGCUGCCUGCUUUUUUACGUUAUCACCGCGGUGCUCGCCGGGCGAGAUUUCUAUCAGAUCUUGGGGGUGACAAAGAGUGCAUCCAUCAGGGACAUCAAGAAGGCCUACAGAAAGCUGGCUCUCCAGUUACACCCUGACAGAAACCAGGACGACCCGAAAGCUCCAGACAAAUUUGCAGACCUGGGAGCAGCUUAUGAGGUGCUCUCAGAUGAGGAGAAAAGGAAACAGUACGAUGCGUAUGGAGAAGAUGGACUCAAAGAGGGUCACCACAGCUCGCACAACGAUAUCUUCUCCAGCUUCUUUGGUGACUUUGGGUUCAUGUUCGGAGGCAAUCGACAGCAACAGGACAGGAACAUCCCCAGAGGAAAUGACAUCAUUCUAGACCUGGAGGUCAUGCUUGAAGAGGUGUACUCUGGGAACUUUGUCGAGGUCGUACGUAACAAGCCUAUAGCCAAAGAAGCCCCCGGCAAGAGGAAGUGUAACUGCAGACAGGAGAUGAGGACGACGCAGCUCGGACCCGGCCGCUUCCAGAUGACUCAGGAGAUGGUGUGCGACGAGUGCCCCAAUGUAAAGCUGGUAAAUGAAGAGAGAACCUUGGAGGUAGAAAUUGAACAAGGAGUCAGAGAUGAAAUGGAGUACCCUUUCAUUGGAGAAGGGGAACCUCACAUCGACGGCGAACCUGGAGAUCUACGUUUCCGCAUCAAAGUGCUAAAACAUCCUGUGUUUGAACGCAGAGGAGAUGACCUGUACACAAACGUCACCAUCUCCCUGGUGGAGGCACUCAUCGGCUUUGAGAUGGACAUCGAACAUUUGGACGGACACAAGGUCCAUAUAGUGAGGGAUAAGAUCACCAAGCCCGGCGCUCGAAUGUGGAAGAAGGGAGAGGGCCUGCCAAACUUUGACAACAUUAACAUCCGAGGUUCCCUCAUCAUCACUUUCGAUGUGGAUUUUCCUCAGACGCAGCUCAACGAACAGCAGAAAGAUGGCAUCCGGAGUCUUCUGAAGCAGGGCUCUGUACAGAAGGUUUAUAAUGGACUCCAAGGAUACUAGCACAGACACAGCCUGGACUGAGUUUUCUGUCUCUCUCUCACACACACACGCAGGACCGGGCUCCAUGAUUCUGACCAGGGUGUAUUUAUUAUUUUCAGAUGGCUUGAACCCAAUUUGUUUUUAAUGUUCUACAUUUUGACAGCAGUUGCACAAUUGCAGGUGUUUUAUUUGAAAGGAUGCCAUGUCUCUGUUGUACUUCUUUUUUUUUUUUAUACCCAAAUUAUAUUGUAAUAAGGCCUUUAUUUUUCAUUUAAAAAACUAAAUUCCUUAUUUCUCCGAGUGAAGUCAAAAAUCUGCUGAACGAUGAGCUACUGAAGAAGAAGAUCUCCGUACCAACUUUCAACCUGUGCAAGGCAUUUGUUUUUUUAUUUCUUUCAUUUUUUUACGAAUGUAACGCUUUGUUCUGGUCAGACUCCUGUUCAAUAAUUCUUUUGUAAAUAGGGAAGUACAAAGCUCAUCUGUGUGUUGCGUUUUAGUUUUCCUACUUCAUGUUGGCUCCUACUUCCACGUUGCAACAGGGGAGAACAAGCUCAUCCCCAGGUUCACUGUGACGAGAGUUGACCUCUUAAAUUACACGGUGACGUUGUCUUAUGUUUGGAGGAAUGGGGCCACGUCCUGGGAUCAUUUAGUUUCGCACACCUCCGACACUCUUUUAAAUCAAAGGGACCUCACACAGAAGAGUAUCAGCAUCCCUGUUGCUGCUCCUGACCGGCAACCAUUUGGUUUAUAAUGUGACUUUUAGGAUUUCACUUCGCUCUGUUUUUACUAUGGUCUGCAACACUGCCUCCCAAUGUUAUGAGAGUGUCAUGACCUUAAGAGAGGGGAUGAUGUACUUUUGACUGACGAUAUAAAUAAAGAUUUCUACAAAUUCUGA